AUGGCCUCAAUGCCUUCUGUGCGGUGGAGCGGCUGCCUGCCUUUCAGCUGGCAGGCGCAAGUUCCGCAGCUGCCUGCCCACAAAGGCCUGGCAUUUGACCGAAAACGACCGGGGCAUGUGCCGAAACCGCUGCUCCCUCCCGGGACAAGAGGCUUUGCAGCAGCAUAUGCGCGUGAACGCGCCGUGGGUAAGCUCGCCAUGCGCGGCGAAGGCUGGAAUCAGAAGGACGCUGCGGCUUCAGUCCUUGUCACGGGCACAGCCAUCGGCGGGGGCUUCUUGGCUCUGCCUUACACCUCGGCCCCUUCUGGCUUCGUUCCAUCCGCUGUCGUGAUGCUGGUGUCCUGGGCCUUGCUGCUCUUCCAGGCUCACGUUGUGACCGAUCUGGUCGUUGACGAGUCACGUCGCGCUGGGAGGGUGGUGAGCUACGCAACCCUGGCCGAGCGACGGCUGGGAUCCGGAGGACGGGCCGUGCUGUCCUCGCUCUUCCUGCUCCUCAUGAUGGCCACAUUGGUCUCGCAGUUCGCGAAAGCGGGGUCGCUUCUUUCGGCGCUGACGGGCUUGCCAGAAGCCGGGCUCAGCGCUGUUCUGGCCGUCGGCCUGGCGACCCUUACCUGGAAAAGCUCCUCCAACACCACGGCCAGCGUGAAUGGCUUGCUUACGCUUGGCUUCAUGGCAGCCUGCGCUGUCCUCUUCGCCGCCGGCGUGCCCCUCGCUGAUUGGACCCGUCUCUCCAGGACGAACUGGUCAGUGUGCUUGCCAUCCUUUCCUACCAUCUUGCAGCUCUUCGUGUACCUGGAAGUAAUCCCCACCCUGGGAACGAUACUCAAGCUGGAUCCGCACCGCAUGAAGAGAGCGGUUCUGGUGGGCUCGGUGUUGCUGCUGAUUCUGGAGCUCGCUUGGUCAGGGCUCGGGUUGGGGCUCGUGCCCUUCGUCCAGGGCCUCCGCGCGGACCCCGUGGACGUGCUACUGGGACGUGGCGGACUGGUCUCUGCGGCGGUUCUUGUGCUUGGUUGCUGCGCAGUUUGCACAACAAUCCUGGGAACGAACCUGGCGUUGCGCUCUUUCCUCAGCGACGGAGUACCGAAGCGGGUAUCGGCCUUUGCCUUCGUUGCCACAUCGGUGCUGCCAGCGGUCGCCAGCCUGUGGCCAAAUGCUUUCUUUGGCGCGAUCGAUUUCGCAGGGGCCUACCCAGUGACGCUGCUUUGGGGCUGCGCGCCACCCCUCAUGGCCCUGGCGAAAAGCAAGCGGCUAAGCGGGACGCAAACCACACUACUGAAGCUCAUCCUGCUUGCGUCAGUGGUAUCGGUCACCAUCUGUGCAGCGCAAGACAUCGGAAGAUUCCUCGGCCUGCAGUCUGUGGCUGCGCGGUGGGCAUGA